AACAGUUUACAAUAAAUCUCAACUGUCCUGAAGACUAUGAAAAGACACGAACGAAAGAUGACAAGAAUUUGUGGUAUUGAACAGUCAUUCACGGUUAUAGCACCGUGAAAUUUCUUUUAUAGUAAUGUGCUCACAGCUGUUAGUGUUACCAGCGCAAGCGCGCUAAGUACGUACAACUUGUGUUCUUCCUAUAGUUAUCUUCAACGCGUUAUUCCUCUAGCACAAAGUUAGCGCGAGAGAUGUCUCUGCCGGCAUUAGUGCUAAUUUGGAACAAUCGAGGUCAGUAAGUGACUGUGCCCGGAAAGAGCGGAGUACCUUGCAUCACGGCGACAACUUGAGCACCAUGGUGACGUUCAUCCCGUGCUGCCCCAGCCUCGGACUUCGACUGGGCGACGCCACCCUCACCUCACCCCAGGUUAAGAGGCCGCGGACUGAAGCGGACAGUGACACUCCAGAGCGGAGUAGGUCGCAGGAGGCCGGUGUGUCGAGUCCUGGCAGCGGACAAUCGGAGUCCUCGUGUGACACCACGGCCGCCGCCACAGGCGUGCCGGCGAGCGGCGGCUCUGGCUCGUCGGGUGCGCUGCAGGACGGCGGAGGUGGAGGCGGCGACGGGUCCGGGGGCGGCGCGUCGCCCGUGGGCGUCGGCGCCGGCGCGGGGGCGGCAGCAGCUGCCUUCUCCGCGGCCGCGUGGGCGGCCAUGCCGGACUCGUCCAGCGUUGUCAAGAGUGAAGGUCGCAGCCCGGGUCUGACUGAAACUUCAUCACUGGGUCAAGAUAGUCUAUAUUCUGACUCACUAACUGCCGCGUACAACACUUCGGAUUCACAACAUACCUAUGCUUCACCAACUCAGCAGUACUACACAAGUAUGCAGCAAGCCUAUGGCAGCCAACCAUCAGCAGCCUAUAUGCAGAGUUCCAGUUUCUAUAACACUUCAGCUUACAACAUGCUGCAGCAGGGUUAUGUGACUACAGGAAAUUCUCGAAACCUGACUGGUGGCAAAGUUAGCUCUGGUCCCUCGUCAUCAGGCUCGCCCAGCUACCUGAGCGCUUACACUUCUGCCAGCAGUGCAGCAGCAAGUUCCUUUGGUGCCGCUGUGAAUUCUGCAGCAGCUGCUAGUUCGCACCACACUGGCCAGACAGCUGUUGGCAGUGGCAGCACUGCCAGCAGCUCGGCUGCUGCCUAUGCAGCCUACAACACUUCUGGUUACAGCUGCUCAGCAGGAGCUACACCUGCUGCAGGAUUCUCGACGUCAGCACAGGCUUUCAGCACCACUCAACAAAGUCUCGAUUACAGCACUUAUGGCAACUCGUAUGCAAGCCAUCAAACUGUACAGUAUCCUACUAGCUACUUUUCACCAAAUUACUCACCUUACAUGUCAAGCUCAAGUUCAGCAAGCAGUGCUGGGAGCAUGGGGACUUCCACUUACCAGCUCGCCACACCUACUUUAACAGAGAGUCCUGGAAGCUUCCAUCUGUCAGAAAACGGGCCAGCAUCACCCCUCAAAACAGAUUCAAAUGGGUCUCGGAGAAACAGGGAAGGAAAUGGAGGAGAAGGUUCCUCUAGGUCUAGUAGAGGUCGAGGGAGAAGACAGAAUAACCCUUCCCCCAGCAACCCAGAGAGCAGCUUAGAGAGAGUAUUCAUCUGGGAUCUUGAUGAAACCAUAAUUAUUUUCCACUCUCUUCUCACUGGCACUUAUGCCUCCCGUUAUGGCAAGGAUGCUCAGACAGUUGCACAGCUUGGAUUCAGAAUGGAGGAACUGGUGUUCAAUCUUGCAGACACACAUUUUUUCUUCAAUGAUGUGGAGGAUUGUGAUCAGGUGCACAUAGAUGAUGUCUCUUCAGAUGAUAAUGGGCAGGAUCUUAGCACUUACAACUUUGGAACUGAUGGUUUCCAUGCAGCAGCCAGCAACGGCAAUCUGUGCUUAGCUACAGGUGUUCGAGGUGGUGUUGACUGGAUGCGUAAGCUAGCAUUCCGUUAUCGAAAGAUUAAAGAUAUGUACAACAAUUAUCGCAAUAGUGUUGGAGGUCUUCUCGGGCCAGCAAAGCGUGAACAAUGGUUGCAACUUAGAGCUGAAAUUGAAACCAUAACAGACAACUGGUUAACAUUAGCCAACAAAUGUCUGACAUUAAUUAAUUCACGGCCCAACUGUGUGAAUGUGUUGGUGACGACAACGCAGCUCGUGCCAGCACUGGCAAAAGUACUGCUUUUCGGUCUGGGUGGAAUUUUUCCUAUUGAGAACAUUUAUUCAGCUACAAAAAUAGGCAAAGAGAGCUGCUUUGAGCGCAUAGUCUCCCGAUAUGGCAGAAAAUGUACAUAUGUUGUAGUUGGUGAUGGGACAGAUGAGGAAGCUGCAGCAAAACAGUUGAACUUCCCAUUCUGGCGCAUCACGAGUCACAGUGACACAGCAGCACUGUACAAUGCUUUGGACAUGGGCUUCUUAUGAUGUGUGUCAGUGUUAAUAUUGAUACAUUUCUGUGAUUGAACUUAUUACAGCCAUUAAAGGCUAGUAACUAUGGAACUUGAAUUUUAAAACAAACAUUGAAACUGUAUAUGAAUUUGUUUAAAUUGUUUUUUAUUUAAAAUUUAUGAGCUUAAUGAUACAGUCUCAUAAUUAUGCAUAAAUAGUAAGAAGAUGCCGCAAUAGUCACGAUUAUUACUUUUGUAUAAAAUAGUUUUUUUAUUAUUAAUAACAAAGUAAUGUUAUUGUAAAGAUUGUAUUGAUAAUUAAGUUGUACUGUGCAAAUAAUUUUCAGAGAAAAAUUGAAUAUAUUGAAAUGUGACCUAUAUAUGAAGACAAAUUAUGUACAUACAUUAGUGAAUGGGGCACGGUAUGCUAGAACUUAAAACAUAUAUUGAGUUCUUUCUUUUUUCUGAUGUAAUUUUCCUGACCAUAGAUCUCAAAGAGCAAAACUUGUAAAUUAAAUUAUAAACUUGGUGUACUGGUUCUGUAAAAUUACUUUUCCCAUAAAACAAAAAUCAACUCUUGGAAUGAAACAGAGUACAAAUACUCCAAAAUUAUUGACUAAUGCAGAAAGCUGCCACAACUAGCACUGAAAAGUACACCAAAAUUGAUCAAGAUCCACCUUCAGUGUGAAGUUGAUGUGUACAUUGGUGACCUUACCAUUAUGGAAGUCUAAGUAGAUAUUUAAGGAUUGCGUUUUAGAAACUGAUGUAGUAGCAUGAGUGUAAAAGGGAAAAGUAAGGCAGCAGAAAUCUACUCUUCAAGAAGAAGUUGGGAAAGACUGUAGAAGAAUAACCAUGAGUAUGAAUGAAUAAUUAUGAAAAAUACAAAAAGAAGGUGAACAAAAAUGUAAAAGUCAUAUACAGUCAGUUGACACUCUUUCUUUUCUAUAAAUUGCGUUUUCUUCCCCAACCGAAGUCAUGAGAAUCUGUGUGACUCUUCAAAAUUGUUUUGUGUGACUACAAGAUGCAGACUAAAUAUUUUAGUUCAAUAGGUUGCAUAUUUCAGAAAAAAAAUUCGGUGUAACAAUAAUUGAUUUGGCUCAUAAAGAAAUCUUUGAAAGGUGUUUCUGUAAUUAUAUCCAUAUAACUUAAUUAUUUUUCCUUUAUUGAUAAUGCAGUCUUGAAUAUUCACCAUGAUUUAAACAUGUGUGGCAUGCCAUAAUGGUUAUUCUCCUUGCUAACAGUGUGAGCUGUGAGAAUACUCACCAGUAAUAUUUUUGAGCAAUAUGCCAACUUUUAAAAAAAGGAAACCAUGUUACUUUUAAAUAUGUAUCUGCGAUGGGAUCUGCAAGUUUUACAAAUGAAGUAAGUCAUUUUAUGUAACAGUGAUAACUUCACUGUCUUUUGUGGUAUUAGAGAACUACUUGUAGUAUAUGACUCUUCAUUUUAUUUUCAAAUAUACAUCAGUCAUCUAGUUGACAGCAAUUGCUGUCUAAAUAAACUAACAGUGGUACAAAAGAGUUUCAUUGGUAGAUGAUGAGGUGCUUAGCAUGCUGAAAAUAUAGAUGAACAUAUGAGUAUAUGGUGGAAGAUCAUCCAGCUGAUCAGCCUGUCAUUUAACUGUUUUGGCAUGACACCCUUUGUUGUUGUUGUCUAAAUGGGAAUGAUUUUCUUUUCCCACUAAUUGUUUGGAGUCAAACUACAUUAUAUUUUUCAUUUUGUUCUUUGUCCUGUCUCCAUGUACUGUUUUAAUUCUAUUUUUUGAUGCAUUUCAAUACUUCUCAGACAGAUGCAGCUCAUAUUUCUCAAAUGUACAAACUUACUUAAUGUAUGUUCUAAUUGUAUAUGAAGAAACCAUUUUUCAUGAACAAAAUUUAAAACAUUGCUUUAUUUUUUGCCUUGUUAUUAUGCAAAUCUACUUUCUGGCUUUAAUAUGAUUUUAAUACAAACCAUAUCAACAUUGUUAGAUGAACAAAAGAUUACAAUAAUAACAGUAUGUGGAAAGGAGAAAAAGUACUGUAUGAAACUUAAAAAAUUAAUGAUAAGUUGACCACACUGUUUUCAGUUGUCUUAACAAACUUUUCACACUGCUCUUACGGAAAUAUAUGAAACUUUUACUAGUCUCUAAAAGCCAGUUAUCUUCUAAACUGAUAUUUUAUGGUUUGUUUGUCAUCUGUCAUUUAGUGCCAGUUUCCACAAAAGAUUUUCUGCUUGAUGUCUCACUUUGGAGCAAAAACCUGUAAUUAUCAAAGAAGAAUGCAGCCAGUCAUGACACCCUAAUACAGCUAUGACAUUACACUUAAGCUGGACAUAAUUAAUGUUUACAUUUCAUUGAUUAUUAUCAUUCUGAAUGUGCUAACUUGUAUGAUUUUUUUCUGCUGUCAGGUUGUAGAAAGUUUUUCUCAUUGUUUCUUCCUACUGACUGUAGUGAUAACAGGAAUUUGCACUUUAAUAAAAAAACUAUAAUACAACACAAUCAA